AACGACGCUCGCGUUACAACUUAUUACACCUACGACCAGGAGGCGGUAACGUUACAUUCAUUCUCUCUUCAGCAAGAGCUCGUCUCACUCGAGCCUACCACUAGCCGUGUCUUUGGCCACCGGAUAGCUAGGAAGCGGCGAUCGCCAGGAAGGAACGACGAUGCAGGGGAGCUACGGCUACGACGGGGCGGCGUCACGGGACCCCAAGCCGCGGCUGCGCUGGACGCCGGACCUCCACCAGCGCUUCGUCGACGCCGUCACCAAGCUGGGCGGACCGGACAGUGAGUCCUCGCUCUCGUUUUCCUUCCUUCCUCCCGUACGUUCCCGUCUAUAUGUAGUGCUCGUCUAGUCGUCUUGUCUUGAUGACCCCGUCCGACACCAAGGCGAUUGCUUGAUGAGCCGAGACCUCUCCAGUUCGCCAGUAUGGUGCUUGUGCUACAGAGCAUGUCGGUGUGCAUUCUUUUUUUUUUUUUUUUUUUGCAGUCCGAAUCCUUCGCUGCCUGGCUUUGCGCUUCUGCCAUUGCCAAGUCUAUAGCAUGCAGUCAGAGGAAAAGGCAGUUCCGUUGACAUGACCAAAAGGAAGUUGAAAAAAAAUAGGAGCGGUGCAAAAAAAAAAAACUCUGGAAAAAGGCCGCGUCGCCUUGGGAAAACGACAAGUGCAAUUCCUCUCAAAUCAGAGCUCUCAAGAGCAACACCCAAGUCGGUGCUCAGAUUGAUGGGCAUGAAAGACCUCACUCUUUACCAGUUAAAAAGCCACCUCCAGAAGUAUAGACUGGGGAUACAGGGCAAGAAAAGCACAGGCCUGGAACCUGCCAGCGGCGGCGUACUUCGCUCACAGGGCUUCGGUUCAACCACAGCGCAUCCUCCUCCAGGUGUUCCUGAUCAAGGGAAGAACACAAGAGAAAUAGCACUUAGCGAUGCACUAAGGUAUCAAAUUCAAGUCCAAAGGAAACUACAAGAACAAACUGAGGUGCAAAAGAAGCUGCAGAUGCGAAUUGAGGCCCAAGGGAAGUACUUAAAGACAAUACUAGAGAAAGCUCAGACAAAUAUUUCCUUUCACACAAAUGCAUCCAAUGGCAUAGAAUCAACCAGAUCACAGCUCAUGGACUUCAACCUAGAUGGUUUCAUGAACAAUGCAACUCAAGUAUGCAAAGAACAUAGGGAGCAAUUGGUGAAAGCUAUGUCCGAUGAAAACGAUAAAGAUAGUCUAGGCCUUCAGCUCUACCAUCUAGGAAGUCAGGAGGCUAAGGAAGUCAAAUGCACACCAAAAACUGAAGACUCGCUCCUACUAGACUUAAAUAUUAAAGGAGGAUAUGACCUCUCUUCUAGAGGAAUGCAAGCAUGUGAACUAGAAUUGAAAAUAAAUCAGCAGAUAGUAUAAAUUUGUUCACAAAGCUGACAGUUUUGGGAAGUUCACUCUUUGCUAUUAGAUUACUAUUUUUCCCCUGUGGCUCCUGAGCAUGCUUGUCCAAUGCCCACAAGCUCACAAGUUUUAUUUACUAUCUGCUCAUGUUAUAUUUGCUGAAAGAAGCUUUUGAAUAAAUGUGGGCAUUGUUUUAAUUCUUGAUAUUUACACAUGUAGAAUGUGGAUAGGGAUAGGAGAAUGAGAGAGCUCCAACAGUCUAAACUCAAGGUGUAUGCAUAUCUAGACAUUUAGUUACUUCAUCUUGAUGUUCAGUUUUCCCUGUUUCCCUGACCAAACAAUAUACAUACACCAAAGCUAGAAAGUUGUAUGAGUGACAAUAGCAGGACAACUGAAGCACUGAAGUGUUGAGUUUGAAUUAUCUGCAUAUAAUUCAGUGGUGUUAACAUGUCAGCCAUAUGUACUAAAACUUCUGCCAUUACUUCUGAUUGUUAAUUGUUA